CAGCUAUAGAGACGUUGCCAGGAAAUUCAACAUGAUACAGUCGCUUUUCAUUAUCAUCGGCUUAAUGUUCUGGCCCACUACAAGUAUCAAUUUAGGAGAGCUGCUAGGGUGCGAAAAGGAUAUAACAGUAGACUAUAUGGAACAGUGUCCAGAAGAAACAAAUAUGGCGGUUUCCUUCACAGACCUCUCCAUUCAGCAAAUUAACAAAGAUCAAUGCGCAUUUAAUGGAAAAAUUGAGUUCUUGAAACCCGUUGGUGAACCUUGGAAGCUCACGUUCCGGCUACGUAAGUGCAAAUCGAAAGACAAUUCCAAAUCAUGCCAGGACUUUUUCAACUUUAACAUGGAUAAAAUCUGCGAAAAACUACAUCAGAAAAAUCAAGUUUGGUCUGGAUUUUUGGAAGAAAUUGAGAUGGAUAAAAAAUGUCCACUGCAACCGAAAGUAUACCCAAUCAAAAACAUCGUGAUUGAUGCAGACGCCAUGAAGUACUUCCCUAUCAAUAACGCUUACUUCAAACUCAGAAUAGAGGGUUAUAUGAACGUUACAAAAAUCCUGUGUGUAGACAGCGCAUUUACAUUAAGUUGCAAGAAAUGAAAUAUUCUUAUGAGUUAAGAAGUGUUUGCCACAAUUAAGAAAUGCUCAUCAAUUUUAAUUGUGAAACAAUUGUGUAAUCAUGAUUAUAGGCAAUACCAUCAUCUCAAUGUGGCAUUAAAGAUCGAAAUGAGAUUGUGAUAAUAAAAGAUAACAUUGAAAAAUAUAAAUUGAUGACUGUGACCUGGAACCAGUUUAAUUGAGACCUAGCAGAAUUGCCUUGGCAAUAACUCAGAACAUGAGAGAGACGUGGAAAAUCAUAUGGUUUCCAACAUUCUAAAUGAUUGAGCUUAAGUAGUGUCCAGUAAUACUGUAUAAUAAAUUAACAAAGAA